ACCAGCAUUUCUCAGUGUCUUCUCUCUCGAUUCUUCUUCGAGACCAAAACAGAGAAUCAAACAAUGGCUUUCUUCUCCGCCACGAUCUCUCUUCUCCUCCUCGUUCUCUCUGUUUCCUCAACUUCUGUUCACGGAAGCCUUGUUCCCCCCUUGGAGUGCUCCGCCCUGAUGAUGAACAUGGCGGGAUGUUUAGCUUUUGUGACGAUCGGGAGUACGGUGGAUGUACCCACAAGUUCGUGUUGCAAUGGUCUCAAGACAAUUCUCGAUACGAACGCGGCAUGUUUAUGUGAAGGGUUGAAGACCAGUGGCUCCAUGGGAAUCAAAAUGAACGUUACCAAAGCCUAUACUCUUCCCGCUGCUUGUAAACUUAAUGCUCCCUCGGUCUCAUCUUGUCAAUUGCCUAUUCCUCCUACCCCUUCUCCUAAUGCGAAAGCUCCAGUUCCCGCUGCUGGACCACGAUUAGGAUCAGGUCCAUCAUCUGCUCCAGCUCCAAGCCCUUCUCAAGGGAACCCUGGCUCUUCGUUGAUCCCAAUCUAUGGCUUGACAUUUGUAAUCAGUGGCGCACUGGUUAUAUUGUUCUCUCUUAUCUAAAAUCCGAUAUUCCUAUACAUGUAUUAGACCUUAGCGUAUCAUUUAGUUGUGCUGUUUCCAUAACUCCAUUAAGACUUAUCAGGUUACCAUGAAGACUUGGGUUUGAAAUGUGUGUUUUGUUUGGUAAUUUUAUUAUUUGAGUUGA